AUGGGUUUCUUUGGAAACAACGGCUCGCAAGAGCCUACUCUGGACCAAGUCCACGAGCAGCAAGCUCGCCGCCCUUCAGUCGCUGAAGUCGUCGACGAACAGGUUCGCCGCAAGUCUGUCGACAACCGUGUCGUCACUGGAGCUUCCGCUCUCACGGUCCGCCAAUCCAUCGUUCCCGUCACCUUGGUCACUAUCCUCUUCUUCAUGUGGGGAUUCGCCUACGGUCUUCUCGAUGUCCUCAACUCUCGCUUCCAGGUCGCUCUUGACAUCACCCGUGGAGAGUCGUCUGGUCUCCAGGCUGCUUACUUCGGUGCUUACUUCAUCGGUCCUUUGACAUACUCUGGAUGGUUCCUCCGCAAGUUCGGUUACCGAUACACCUUCAUUCUCGGUCUCUCCAUCUACUGUGUCGGUGCUCUCAUGUUCUGGCCUGCGGCUGUCAAGCGAAGCUUCGGUGGCUUCUGCGGUGCCAUGUUCCUUGCUGGUUCUGGUCUGUCGACUCUCGAGACUUCCGCCAACCCUUACAUUGCUGUCUGCGGUCCUCCCAAGUACUCCGAGUUCCGUCUUGAGCUGUCUCAGUCCGUUCAGGCUGUUGGCUCUGUCGUUGCUCCCGUCCUCGCUGCUCAGGUCAUCUUCAAGAACGUUGGCACUGACGGCAAGUCUCUCGAGGCUGUUCAAUGGGUAUACCUUGGUAUUGCUGGCUUCGUCGGUAUCCUCGCUGUUGUCUUCUACUUCGCUCCCAUUCCUGAGAUUACCGACUCCGACAUGGCCGACCAAGCUGAGAUGACCACCGCUGCUACCGGCUACGUCGACAAGCCACUCCGCAAGCAGUACACUCUUUUCUGGGGUACCGCUGCUCAGUUCUCUUACGUUGCCGGUCAAGCUGAGGCACGCCCUGACCUUUCCGUCACUGAAGGCCACCACGAGGGAGCCAACUUCUACGCCAUCGCCCAAGCACUUUUCGCCGUCGGACGUUUCGCAGCAGCUGGACUCAUGUACUACGGCGGCAAGCCCCGUUACGUCCUCCUCGCUUUCCAGACCCUGAUCAUGAUCUUCAUCAGCGCCGCAAUCGGCACCAACACUGGCAGCGCCACCCGACCCAACUGGGGAGGUCUCAGCAUGCUGAUGAUCGUCCUCUUCUUCGAGUCCUGCAUCUUCCCCAUCAUCUUCGCACUUACACUCCGCGGUCUCGGACGCCACACCAAGCGCGGUGCUUCUUUCCUCGUCUCCUCCGUCUGCGGUGGUGCCGUUGGCCCCGUCAUCCUCGGCAACGUUGCUGACCGCAUCGGAACACGGAAGGCUAUGUGCAUCCCGCUCAUAUUCUUCGCGAUUGCCUGGUCUUACCCUAUCUACCUCAACAUGGUCAAGGGUGCCGAGCUCGAUGCUUACAGCGAGAGCCAUGUUGGUACCACUGAUGGUGCUAUUGACAACGACUCUGUGCUUGCUGGCAAGGACGUUGAGGCCCGCAUGUUUGAGACCAAGGUCUAA